AUGUCGACGGAGACCGAACAACAACUGGCGCUGGCCGAACCAGCGCGCCCGACAUCGACCCAUUCGACGCCAAGACGAGCUUCUCAAGUGAUGGUUCCCCGUUCUGUGCAGUCCAGCCCUGGACGGCCCCUAGACCGUGGUUCCGACGCUCAAGCAGCACGUCUGCCGACGGAGUUGGCGCUGAGCCCUGCGGCUGCAAGCGCCCUUGGAAAACGUGAUCAUGUGGCGCUGCGAGAGUGGCGCGAGACGAGGGUCCCGGAUUCCGGUGCACCACAACGUCUUGGGCCUGCUCCUGGCACCCGUGUCUUCGGACCUGAGCUGCCAAUCACGCUGCACUCGACGUUCCAAGAUCCGCUUCCGCUGAUUCCACGGCGCACGAGUGAAAUCCCAGGAUCCGACGUAAACUGUCUUGCUGACGACGAAGCCCGAGCGUAUGGAGCCGAACAUCUGAGCCGCUGGAGCUCUCUUCCAGGAGAAGUCAUCUCUCCAGUCGACGUCGUCUACGACGAGGGAGAAGAAGAGUACGACAUGGAGGCUUAG